AUCACAAAACAUAAACAAGAGCAAACGUUAUUAGAAAAAACAUUGCGUUUUUGUUAUUCUUUCAUGAAUUACAAGUCUUUUUACCAUAAUCUGGUCGGACACAUAGAAUUUUUGAAUUCCUCGAAAGUGCUUUACACUAAUAAGUGCUGAAUGUACAGUUUACUGGGGAUUUUGAGUCAACAAAACAGCUGAAGUUCGUCGAAUCAUUAACGCGGAAAAUACUUACGUAAAGACUAUAAAUACUUGAUCUUCGUGCUUGAUGGAUAGAAAGCAAUCCAGCGACGGAUACACACGUGGAAUAGGAAAAAAGGAAAAAUACUUAGUUUGCUGAAUAUGACCGAAUAAAGCUGUCAAAGAGUUCGUCAUCGGUGCCUGUAUUGGUAAAAUUUUAUAGCCUUCAUUCAAGAUGUCGUUCAUGAGUAUAGAGAGUAUACCUCCAAACAGUGAAAGUUUUCUACUGGAGAGCUAUGUUCCUUGUUUCGUGUGCUAUCAUCAUGGAGGCUCUUCGAAUGCUGUGAAGAUGAGAAGCUGUUGUACUGGUUUCUUGUGCACUGAUUGUCUUCGUUGUCAUAUCGAGACGAAAAUAAGCCAAGCGAUUGUAAAAAUAACUUGUCCCUUGGAAGAAUGCGAUACUUUUAUACCUGAAGAAGAAAUCCAACAACUUGCGAGCGAAGAACUCUUCGAAAAAUAUAAGAAAUUUCAAAUCGACAUGGAACAAAAUCCUAAUGUUAAAUCAUGCCCAAACUGUUCCAAGAUUUUUACAUUCAGACCGAAAGAAAAAUCUGAGAUAGAGUUAGACACACAGAACAAAAAUGCUCUGGGUAAAAAGAAGCUAUCUGACGAUAGUAAAGUCAUUUGUACAGACUGUCAUUUGGUGUGGUGCUUUGAAUGUCAGGCUCCGUGGCACUAUGGAAUCAGCUGUAAAGAUUUCUGUAAAGGAGACAAAUCGUUAAAAAUCUGGGCCAAGAACAAAGGCAACUACUCACGGAAUGCAACACGCUGUCCAAAAUGCCAGAUAUUUAUUCAAAAAUCAGCUGGAUGUGACCACAUGGUUUGUACAAGGUGUAAUACAGAGUUCUGCUAUCGCUGUGGUAGCAGAUUUCGCAGCCUUCACUUUUUAGGUGAUCAUCACGACCCCCUGAGUGUCUUUGGCUGUAAAUACAAUUACAAACCACACCAUCCGGCCCAAAGAGUGAUAGUACGUGGUGCUGUGCUGAGUGGAAAGCUCCUUGCCUUGCCUGUCAUGGCUGGGUUAGUUGCCAGUGCAGGGUGCCUUGUUCUUGGUGCUGGAGUGGUGGUUAUUCCUGGUUAUGUGUCAUAUCGGAUGAUUAAGAAGAAGAAACAGAAAAGGAAAUCUAUAGAAGAGUAAAUUUACAGAAGCGUACUUAAUCUACAGAAGUCAAGUACUUAACUUACAACUUGGUACGCUGAAGCAUCACAUUAACAAAGGCAUCAAAAUCCUAUGCAUCAGUGUGAACAGAAACUAUGAUACAGUAUGAAGAGAUAUAAUAUAUGCCUGUAGUUGACAGUUAUACAACAUAAAGAAAUUCCUAUAUUUCUAGGUCAUAGUCUAGCUUCAUUGCUUUUUUUUCUAAUCACUCUGAUGACAUCAUUGAAUAAAUAUGACUAAACAAAUCCUUAUCACUCUAACAGGAAAAAAAAAGAAUGCUUGUGCAAACCAGAAAAUGGUUUAAAAAAUGCAUAAAAGUUUUAACUGGACAUAGUUUUCAUUAAACACAAUAAAUGAAAAAAAAAGCUUGGAUCCUAUACUGUGGGUCAUGCUGUUGCCUGACUUUUUUCAUGUACUAUAUUAAUUAUAAAUUAUAAGUUAAUAACAAUGUACAGUGUUUUGUUCUGAAAAUAUAUCAUAUUGGGAAUUAGUCAUUGAUUCAGAGAUGUAAACAUUACAUAAGAUAGUUAUUGUUUAAUAAAAACAUGCUUGCUGAUGCAUCAA